AAUGAUGAUGAAUCAUAGCAAGUCCAUAUCCACUUCUUUGUUUCUGCUGCUGCUGCUUCUUCAAAUUUUGCACCCAACACCUAUUACAGCUCAAGAAGUUGAGGACGAAACGGAAUUUGAUUAUCUGAAAGAUAGUGGGAAAGGACCAGAGCAUUGGGGAGAUCUUAGGGAAGACUGGGCAGCAUGUAAAAAUGGGACAAUGCAAUCUCCAAUAGAUUUGCGUAGUGAGAUCGUGCAAGUACGCCCCAACAAAGGAGAGGUGAAGCUCAAGUACAAGCCUUCAAAUGCAACAAUCAGGAAUAGGGGCCAUGACAUUUCGAUCCAGUGGAAGCUAGGUGAUGCUGGAUCCGUGGAGAUUAAUGGCACAGAUUACUGGCUAAUUCAAGGCCACUGGCACUCACCAUCUGAGCAUACAAUUAACGGUAAAAGAUUUGACCUGGAGCUUCAUAUGGUUCACCUCAUUCCUGAUGCAAAUGUCGAAAACAACAUAGCUGUGUUAGCAUACCUCUACAAAAUUGGCAAGCCUGACAAGUUUCUCUCCGAGGUAAGCAAAGAUAUCAAGAGCUUGAUUAAUGUAAAGGAAGAGAGACACAUAGGGGUGGUUGAUCCAAGAAAUGUGAGGAAGGGUAGCGCAAAUUUUUACAAGUACAAAGGCUCACUCACUGUACCUCCUUGCACUGAAGGAGUAACUUGGAUCGUAGACAAAGAGUUAACUACUGUAUCAAGAGAGCAAGUGGAGUUGCUUCGAGAAGCCGUGGAUGACUCCGCAGAAACGAAUGCAAGACCAUUACAAGCUCUGAAUGGUCGAAAAGUGCAGUACUUCUAUGGCCAUGAGUCUCACAUAAGGGAUUAA